AAGAUGAUUAUUGAUGAAAAAGUAGAAAACAUUGUGCUCUUUGCGAGUAUGGAUGAUAUCUGCAAUGAUAAGCUUCUAAAAUACUGGCCGAAUUAUAGGUUAUAUAGAUAUAUGUAUCUAUCAAAUAUUAAAUUAACAGCUUUGAAUUUAUACGUAUUUCAAAGUUACGAGAUACACUAUAUUCAAGUUCAGCAAAAUGAUAUUGUAGUUAAUGCUCGUUUCUUUCACUUUACAAAUUGGUAUAAAGGAGGAUCACAAAUAUAUCCACGGAAUAUUAUUUCAUUUCAACAAUUACUUCAGACGAUUAAGCACUCGUCACAACAUCCUAUACUAGUUCAUUCUUUCGGUGAACUAGAUGUAUGUGCUGGUUUGUUUAUACUAGUUCAUAUUUGUAUACGACAAGCACAACUGGAAGGUCAUGUAGAUAUUUGCAGUCAAGUUGAAAAGCUUCGAUUGCAGCGACCAAAUUACAUUGACAGUGUGGAAGAAUAUUUGUUUGCUCAUCUUAUAUUAUUGGAGUGUAUCACUCGGCCGCAACAUGCUUACCCAUGCGAAAACUUCGCCAUCAUUUACUCAGAAUUAGAUGAUGAAAAGUUAACAGAAGAAAUGAGAAAUAUUUUAGAAUCAAUAUGGCUCAUAAAUCUGCUGCGAGCUAGACAUCCAGUCUUAGAUGACAACGACAAAGACAGAAAUAGGAAACAAAACAUAUUUCCAUAUUCAUCUUGUAGCAAUUUCUUACCACUCAUUGAAGAUGACAAUUUAUGCUAUAAUGAUGCUAUCUUUGUGGAUGGUUACCAGCAGCUCAAAAAAUUCAUUGUCUUUCCACAUCCACAUCAAAAUAAUGUAGAUGACUUUUGGAAAAUAGUAAUGGACAACAACGUACAAUUAGUAAUAUCAUUACAAAGUGAAUACCAUAUGAAGCUGUGGAAAAGAGGUAAGCUCUAUAUUACACCAAAUGGUACAAGAGUCAUUCAUCUGAAAGGACUUGAAUCAAAACAUUUUCACAUGCAUACUUUAGGAUUAAGACCAAAAAAAAUCUCAGGGAAAUAUAAAAAGGUAAAACUAAUUGAAGUUAAAAGAUGGGACGUGGCGCAAACAGUUCCGCAAAAUUUACGCAGAUUGCUGACAACUCGACUUGAAAUGAAUAGCGUAAAGUGUCAAGAAUUUAGUAGUAUUUUAGUGAUGUGCGGGAAUGGUGCCACUGCAUCCGGUUUAUUUGUUGCAAUGUGUAAUCUCCUGGAUUGCAUUGAAUGCGAACACGUAGUUGACGUGUAUACGUGUGUACGAAACAUUCGUAAUAGCAGGCGACAAUUUGUCACAGAUACUAUUCAACUUCGUGCAUUGUUUGACAUUGCAAAUUUGUAUUUAAAUGAUGUUGAAGAAAACAAUCACAUUGGUACAACUACAUUGCAAAUAAAUAUUUGAUGAAGCAAUUAAUUGAAAAAAAUUACGUCCAGCAAAUGACAAUUAAUUUUUUUAUUUAAAUGGUAGUAGCAUAAUAAAGUGACUUCGAGCACAAUUUCUUAUGGGAUUUUGAAACUUGAGCCUUCGGUAUUUGUUAUUUUGCAUGCAUUACUCACGAUAAGAUACGGUGUGUGGAUGUGUUGACAAUUACGUGUUCGGCGCUGUUCGGCUGCGGAGUUACAACUGACAGUUGACAGCGUGCAUACUGGAUGUUGCAAAUUGUAUAUACAGGAUGUUAAAACAAAUCAACCAUUUACAUGAACAUGUCUAUAAUGAUGUCGAAUUUUCUAUAGACAACCAAUAAAAGUCAAGAUUGAGAUGGUGAUGAUUAAAUACAGAUACAUUCAAUCGCCUCUGGCGAUCCCACAAAAUAUGUUCCUGAUCCGUCAGAAACGAAAAAUCUCCAACGACAAGAUUCCAUCGACGAUAAAUUCGCUUAAAUAGUUCGAGUUAACGCGAUUAAACCAACUACGAUGAGAGAUAAUUGUUUGUCCAACUAACGAUUUAUACUCGUUAAAACAAUCAGUGCACACAUGUAG